AUUGUUCCUUCAACGAGGCGAGUAGCAACUGGAGGUCGCAUACGACUUGAGCGGAUCGAGCUAAAUCAUUUUAGUUUCACACAUUUCACUUCGACCUGAAUAAAACAAAACAUGGCUUCGAUGCUGUACUUCGUCCUCGUGGCGCUAUUGGGCUUCACUGCUGUGGUUAAUGCAGCUAAUGCUGUACGACCAACGAACAUGCAGGGCAUGAUUGAUGAAGAGAAUGCCAAAUGUGAGAGUGGUGCUGAUUCGAUGGCCUGUAUUAAGGUGCGCGCUAUGCGGUUCCUGAACACAGUGAUCAACAACGAUAACUAUAAACUCGGCGAUGUGGAGGUCCUAUCCAAUGGCUAUCAGCCUGCUACAGCCGAUGCCAAUAGCGCACGCUCCAACGACGAAGAACGCGAUUUAGUCGAUGCUGUCGGCGAUUACCUGCAGGGACACGAUGUUACCAUCGACUUGCCUCUGGGUGAUGCCAAGGUCACCGUCUCUUCACGUAAUUUGGCCAACGAUGAGUUGAGCCUUAAUGUGAAAUUGGCCGGUGAUGAUGUGGUUGAGGGCAAGGGUAAGAAGAGCAACUUCUUCAAGAAGGGCAAGAAGCACCGUUUGCGUAAAAUGAUUAUGCCAUUGAUGGUGCUGAUCCUAUUGAAGGCGAUGACUGUCAUCCCAAUGGCCAUUGGUAUACUGAAAAUUAAGGCAUUCAAUGCGUUGGCGUUGGGCUUCUUCUCAUUCAUUGUGUCGGUUGGUUUGGCCAUUUUCCAAUUGUGCAAGAAGAUCGCCGCCGAACACCAUUCUGCGCACAUUACUGCCCACGGCCCCUGGGAUGGUCGAGCCAUUGGCGCAUCUGCUGAAGUUAACGAACCCGCAUACCAACCAAGCGAGGAGGCACAAAUCUGGGCUUACAAAGCUUAUGUUUAAAAUGUUUGCUUCAACUGGCAUAAGUACCUAUACCUAUAUACAUCCGUAUGUACCAGAAAUCUGACUAAAAAUAUAAAAAUAACAAAUCCUUACACAAAAAGAAAAAAAAUACGAAGAUGAACGUACUUAGCGAAGCCAAAGUUAACCAUGGCAAGACUAUAUGCCACUGCAGCGUAACAACGGAAAAUCGGCCCGUGUAAAGUUCGCCUUAAAGAAUGGCACUAGAAAAUAUUUGAACUUGAAAUUGAACAAACAAUAGCAAGCAUAGAGCAGUUAUUUAUGUGACGGAAUUUUUACACUUCUAUGUUAAUUGUUCUCGGAAGAGUUGGGAAUUCCUCCACGUCAUUACUGCCUACCGCACGCCGUGCCGUUUGAGUGUUCUGCGUGCAAAAGCAAACGGGAUCCAAAGACGAAAGCCAGCAACAACUUAACAACAACAACUGAAUACAGCUACAAACUCUACCAUAUUUACCAUUUAAGCACAAUUUCUUUAAUUGUUAGUAAUUUAUUUAUUUAUUUAUAACAUUAUUUAUUGUAAAAUACAUAAAGGAAAUUCACCUUUUUGUAUUUUAAAAAGUACAGAAGAUUGUAAAAGAAAUCCAACCAAAAUGCAAAUGAAAACUUGAAAAGAUUUUUUAUCGAAAAAUUACGCAAGUCCUGUAGUUAUCAUUUCGUAUGAAAAUUCAC